GAGUGGCCCUGCCGGGGGGGUGAUUUAUUCCCCCCCACUCCGUCUCAAGUUCUCAGCGCAGCAGCCCGGCCAGCGCCUCCCGCCCCUUCCCAAAGCCUCCAAGGGGUGGGGAGGUCGGUGGCCGGCCAGGCCAUGGAGAGCCCGGCGGAGAACCCCAGCAAGGCGGCGGGGUACCUGAAGGAGCUGAACAAGAUCAUCGAGACGCAGCAGGAGCUGCUGGAGAAGCAGAAGCGGAGGAUCGACGAGCUGGAGCAGCAAGUGGCCAAGUUGUACCACGAAAACGCCUGCCUGCAGGACGAGCAUCACAGACACCUGGCCACAUGCAGGCUGCAACAGGGCAUCCUCCCUGCGUACCCGGCGGGGCCAGGGCCGUCGAUCCUGGGGGCCAUCCAGGAAAACGCACAGCACGAAAAGUCUGAAGGUGAAAGCUCAAGAAGCGUCAGGUCUAUAAAUACUCUGCACCAGUUUUGCUGUCCAGCACCAUUGUACCAUACCCAGCUAACUGUCCCUGCCACACAUUCAGAGUACAGGAGCUCGUUGGAAACAAGAAGCAGCAUCUCAACUGAUCCACUAAGUGUUGAAGGCGAAGCUCCAAGUAGUGAAACUGGCACAUCUUUGGAUAGCCCAUCUACUUACCAUCAAGGACCUAUAACCCAUAGUUCGGCUAUAAGCCCAGACCAUUACGACCAUUCUGCUUACGGGCUGUAUUCUGUCUCACCUGGGCAGCAAAGAUCUCGGAGGCCUAAGCUUCAGCACUCAACAUCAAUACUGAGAAAACAAGCAGAGGAAGAAGCUAUUAAAAGGUCAAGAUCACUUUCUGAGAGCUAUGAACUCUCCUCAGACCUACAAGAUAAGCAGGUGGAAAUGCUAGAACGGAAAUAUGGGGGCCGUCUCAUAACUAGACAUGCUGCUCGUACUAUACAAACAGCUUUUCGCCAGUAUCAGAUGAACAAAAAUUUUGAGCGGCUUAGAAGUUCUAUGUCUGAAAAUCGUAUGUCAAGACGCAUUGUGCUGUCCAAUAUGAGAAUGCAGUUUUCCUUUGAAGGACCUGAGAAAGUCCAUAGCUCCUACUUUGAAGGGAAGCAAGUUUCUCUUACAAAUGAUGGGUCAAAAAUAGGAGCCCUUGUCCAAUCUGAAUGUGGUGACCUUGGAGAAUCGGCCACAAUGAAAUCUCCAGCAGCAUCCACUGAUUUUGCUGAUGCUAUAACAGAACUGGAGGAUGCUUUUUCAAGGCAGGUCAAAUCUCUUGCAGAAUCAAUCGAUGAUGCACUAAAUUGCCGUAGUCUACAUUCUGAUGAAGUCCAGACUCCUGAUCAAGUCAGAAGUCGUGAAAUGGAGAGGGAUAGUUGUAGUCAAAUUAAGCCAGCAAUCCAUAACGUGGAUCACAGGAAACUUGAUGAGAUGACCGCAUCAUAUAGUGAUGUUACAUUAUACAUUGAUGAGGAAGAGCUAUCUCCACCUCUUCCCCUUUCCCAAUCAGUGGACAGACCAUCUAGCACAGAAUCUGACUUGAGGCUUCGGUCAGUGAACUCUUCUCAAGAGUACUGGUCCAUGACCCACAAGGAUGAUAAGAUAGACACUGAUACAAGCUGCAGGAGCACCCCUUCGCUGGAAUGCCAGGAGCAAAGGAUGAGAAUGGAUCAUCUGCCAUUGCUAACCAUAGAACCACCUAGUGACAGUUCAGUGGACUUAAGUGAUCGCUCAGAAAGAGGCUCAUUAAAGAGACAAAAUGCAUAUGAUCGGGGAAUCACUAGUCAGCAAGGAAGCCCAAAACAUAUCCCACAUGGUAUUCCUACCAAGAUUAUAUCCCGAGAAGAACAGGAGGCUAGACACAAGCCAAGGCCUAUUGAUAGUCACUUAGCAAUUAAUGGCACAGCAAAUAGGCAAAGCAAAUCAGAGUCUGAUUAUUCUGAUGGUGACAAUGACAGCAUCAAUAGCACUUCCAAUUCUAACGACACAAUAAAUUGCAGCUCUGAGUCCUCUUCUAGAGACAGCCUAAGGGAACAAACCUUAAGCAAACAAACGUACCAUAAAGAAACUCGGAACAGCUGGGAUUCGCCUGCCUUCAGUAAUGAUGUUAUCCGAAAACGCCAUUAUAGGAUUGGACUGAACCUUUUUAAUAAAAAACCUGAAAAAGGAGUCCAGUACCUAAUUGAAAGAGGUUUUGUGCCGGACACUCCAGUUGGUGUCGCCCAUUUUCUCCUGCAAAGGAAAGGUCUCAGCAGACAGAUGAUUGGAGAGUUUUUGGGCAAUCGACAGAAGCAGUUCAACCGAGAUGUAUUGGACUGUGUUGUGGAUGAGAUGGACUUCUCAGCAAUGGAACUGGAUGAAGCACUCAGGAAAUUUCAGGCUCAUAUCCGUGUUCAAGGAGAAGCUCAGAAAGUAGAACGACUCAUUGAAGCUUUUAGCCAGCGAUACUGUAUCUGCAAUCCUGGCGUUGUGAGACAGUUCCGAAAUCCUGAUACCAUCUUCAUCCUAGCUUUCGCAAUCAUAUUGUUAAACACAGACAUGUAUAGCCCAAAUGUGAAACCAGAACGCAAGAUGAAGCUUGAAGAUUUUGUUAAGAAUCUAAGGGGUGUAGAUGAUGGUGAAGAUAUCCCACGAGAGAUGCUGAUUGGAAUAUAUGAGCGAAUCCGCAAACGGGAACUGAAGACAAAUGAAGAUCAUGUAUCCCAGGUCCAAAAGGUCGAAAAACUCAUCGUAGGAAAGAAACCAAUUGGAUCUCUGCAUCAUGGACUUGGUUGUGUUCUCUCUCUACCCCACCGGAGACUUGUUUGCUACUGUAGGUUGUUUGAAGUUCCAGACCCAAAUAAACCUCAGAAGCUUGGUCUGCACCAGCGAGAAAUAUUUUUAUUUAAUGACCUCCUUGUGGUCACCAAGAUCUUUCAAAAGAAGAAGAAUUCGGUCACGUACAGUUUUCGACAGUCCUUUUCCCUCUAUGGAAUGCAAGUUCUUCUUUUUGAAAAUCAGUAUUAUCCAAAUGGCAUACGGCUUACAUCAGCUGUUCCAGGAGCAGAUAUCAAAGUCCUAAUAAAUUUCAAUGCACCCAAUCCUCAGGAUAGAAAGAAAUUUACGGAUGACUUGAGAGAGUCUAUUGCAGAAGUUCAAGAAAUGGAAAAGCACAGAAUAGAGUCUGAGCUAGAAAAACAGAAAGGUGUGGUACGUCCAAGCAUCUCCCAGUGCUCCAGCCUCAAAAAAGAAUCUGGCAAUGGGACGCUGAACAGAGCCUGCCUGGACGACAGCUAUGCCACUGGGGAGGGACUGAAAAGGAGUGCACUCAGCAGCUCCCUUAGAGACCUCUCUGAAGCUGGCAAGCGUGGGCGUCGCAGCAGUGCAGGAUCGCUAGACAGCAAUAUGGAAGGGUCCAUCAUUAGCAGUCCUCACAUGCGCCGAAGAGCUACAUCAACCCGAGAGUGUCCAUCUCGCCCUCACCAGGCUAUGCCUAACUCUUCCUCACUCCUAGGUUCCUUAUUUGGUAGUAAAAGGGGGAAGCCACCUUCCCAAGGCCAUCCACCAUCUGGCCCAUCGCAGCAGCCUCAGCACCCACCUGUAAUCCCACAUCAGCAACACUCUCAGCAUCCUUCUGCCAUGCACCAUGCAGGGCCAGCUGAGACGCAGGCACAAGUGCACACUCACCAUUCACAGUACUGUCACAUGCAGCAGAACCCACCCCCUUAUCAUCACCAUCACCACUAUCAUCCUCCACAGCACAUCCAGCACACGCACCAGUACCAUCCACAUGUGCCUCAUUCCCAGCAUGCAGCACAUUCUUCUUACAUGCAGCACCCUCAUUCACAACAUACCCACCCUCCGCACCCUCCAUUGCCCCCCCCUCACCCUGGGCACUCUUCUCAUUCCCAACAUGCUCAGCAUCACCAUGGACAGUCAGCUCCUCCUUCCACUUCAAGCAGCGCUAAGCCCAAACACAGUGGCAUCAGCACAAUAGUCUAGAAGUAUUUGUCCUAAUAAUGGUAGUUUUAGGCACGGUUAUAAAGGCACUUAAAGGAAGCAGCAAAUAAAAUGUGGAUUUUUACCCAGCCAAACAAUUUUUGACUUCUGCAAGCUUAAGGACUUGCUGUUACUAAAUACAACCAUUUGAAUUAGUGUGAUCAAUAUUGGUUUUACUUAUCUCUUCAGCGGAGGCUUGCCUUCUGUCCAGUCCUUAUCUUCAAUUGCCUUGAAAACAUGCUGCUUACUGAAUACAAGUUAAGCUUCCUUUUUCACCAAAUCCCAUGACAAUUUUACAUGCAUAAUAAAAACAUAACCUAUUAAAAAAAAAAGUGAUUCAGAACCAAGUGUUGCAUUCUUGCUCUUUUAUUGUCAAUAGGCAAAAAAAUAAGUAGACCUGAUAUGGUUGAUGAAAGUACGUAAGUAAACUUUAUGUAAUAUAAAUAUAUAUAUAAAUAUAUAUAUACUGUAUAGUUAACAUUUGUGCUUCGAAAGCAAAUUUUUCAGUCCACAAAACUAGCAAUAUAGACUUUACACGGAAUUACACUUACUUGAUAGAAGGACAGUAACAAUAUAGCAUAUGAAAGAGUAGACCAAAAACUUUAAAUGCUAGGAAUAAAUUUCAGACAUUUCAGUAUUUUAAUUUAAAAGUCCUCUAGACAUAUUAAGACUCUAAGCAAUCAUUACUAAAAUGUGCCAAGUAACAUAGUAUUUAACUGUUGUAGUAAAAUAUUGCUUUGUAUAAAUCCUUAUUUUUAUUAACAUAAUAUCAUAUGUAAUCAGUAUUAUAACUGCUCUGCUAUUUCAGGAAAGCAAACUAGUUAAGAUGCAGUAACUAUACAGUAGCAACAUGGGAUGACCAUUUACCACUGGUUAUCUUAAAGCAUUGGUUACACAAAUUCUUAGACACUUUAAAGGCUGUGAUAACUGUGAAUUUACAUGAUCCGCAUUUCUUUUAUAUGCAUAUGAUUUUAUGAACACAUAUGAAGAGUUACAUGAAAGGUGCAUGCCUACACUGCAAAAACAUUCAUCUCAAACAUGAUGAAAAUUACAAACACCCAUCCUUCUCAGUCACUUCAUUUUCCUAUUUACCAUGACUUGCUCAUUUUUUCAGUUAAAAUGAACUAUAAUCUGACAGUGUUUCCAGAUGGAACUGCUCUAAAAUUUUAAGGUGUAUUUUAGUAUCUAGUAUAGUGUGGUUAUUUGGUUUUGGUUUUGGUUUUUUUAGUAGUGUAAUUCCAUAUAGCCAUAUGCUAGCGGCAAAGUGGGUUCACCAUUUUUACUCAUCACAUUUGUUAGUUUACACAGCACUCAGCAGGCUGAGUUUAUGCUCAAACCCUCACUGUCCCACUCCAAUUAGUUGCAAGACAUCAUAUAAAAGCAGGCUGUGCUGUUGUUGUUUGUGUUGUAAUCAAGCCGUUUGCAAAUUCAUAUGAGAUUUUGUAUCCCUGAAUCCUGUACAAAGUCAUACAUGGAGCAUACUUUGUAGUUUCAGCAUUUUGAGCCACUGCAAGGACUUUACACCUAAAUGGUAGAAACAAAGGAACCACAACUGCAAAACUACACCAGCUAAAAUGCAAAACUUGAAGAAGGGAAAAAAAGAAGUUCCCGUGUGAGAUGGGUAAAAAGAAGUCGGAAAAGAACCAGAUCUGUCUGUUUAUUUGAACAAUACAAAUAUAUAGUAGCGUUGUAUAAGGAAAGGAUGAACUUUCCGUAUUGAGUUACUUUUGGUAUCUUUAAUUUGGUUUUUCCCCUCCCCGUUUCUCCUACAGUUGAUAUCCUAAUACCAGCAAAACUGCAAACUGAGCACUUUGUUAAUCUUCAUAAAGAGCAAAUAUAGCAAUCUAGAGUUUAGCCUUUUGCUAAAAUCUGUCCAUGUUUGUUCCCCCGUGUGCAAUAUCUUUGAUCCCUUUUGCUCCUAUAAAUUAAUCUUACAUGAAAUGAGAAUAACACAAAUAUUUUUUAAUAUCAUUCAAGCUAUCCUAAAUUCUGUGUCUUGCCUUACGAGGCUGAUCUGGGCCCUCGGAGGCUCUAUUCCUUGCAGUUUAAAAAAUACUGUUCUUGUAAGGGAAAGUAGAAUUGUCUGCAUGUCCUCUAACAUUAAUAGUGUGAGGCUACACUCUACAUAUUGUAUAUUUGCACAAUACAUCAGUGUUACUGUUGAUAUUAGUUGAAGUAAAGGGAUACAUAUUUAAAUAUGUCUGCUUUUCUUCAUACCUGUGUACCAAUAGUAGAGUCUAACUGUAAUUUAUAGGUUGUUCCAGAAAAGAUAAAGAUACCAUUCAGGUACAAAAGUCUUUCUGAAACCACAUCUUUUAAUGAAAACUGAGGUAAAAAUGCUCCUCUCCAUCGCAUACUAUAUAUUCUGAACUUGUUCUGUAUGCAGAAUUAUUGAUGUCAGUGAAAGUGCUGUGUGCUGAACAAGUGCAAAAUAUGUACUGGAGAUCUGCAUUGUACCAUGGAGAGGAAGAUUUGGCCCCAGAUAUGUUGUUUAGUUAGCAUGCAAUGCCUUAAGUAUUUUAGCACUGAAAUACUUCACAUUUGUUUGGUUUGGUUUCACAUUACCCCUUAGGUUCAUUUAAGAAAGGCGUAACAACAAAUAGCCUUAGAUUUACACUGUGAGCCAGGUUUUAAUUUUGGCAGGUGCAAUUGAUGACGUGCAAAAGCUGUCACAAAUUUUGUACGUGCAAGAAACCAUCUGCACAUGAUUUUAUGCGCGCGCGCAUACACACACAUACUGGGGAGGGCCUACUUAGUAGGCCCACUAAUUCCACAGGGAAAAUCAGAGGCCAUCUUGUGGCUGCUAAAAGUAUUGGGUCCUUUUAAGAGCACAAUAUUUGAAAACUUUCUCAUAGUUUAAAAUCAUUGAGAAGAAACACAGUAUGCUCAUUAUUUCUUUCUUUUUGGAACUGAUUACCUUUAACAAACGUCUUGGUGUCAGCAUAAGUCUUAAGAACCUCACUACUACUACUUUAGGAGAACAGCCUAACAUGUCAGAAUACAUCUGAGAUUAUUAGUUGCACACAACACCACAGAUCACGCCUAGAAUGAGAAGAUGACCGUAUUCUGUUACUGUGUGCAUUGGAGAAAACGAAAUAGUAGACGUUGAAAGGUUUUAGUCCUAUUUCCUUAUUGAUUAAAAAUUAGCAUAGAUCACUACCGGGGCCCAUGUUUCUCUGUUCCCAUGAAUAAUAUGGCUAAGUAAUAGUGUCAGUUUGAAAGAGUGAAAGGGAAACCGAAAGAAUGCAGAUCACAAAAACCACAGAUCUUUUCUGGGACAACGAUCAAAUAUGUAUUUGGGUUUUUUAAUUUUUUUAAGUUCAUGAAAUGUACAACAAUGUAAAAAAACCAAGUUCAUCCUAAUAUAAUGUACGUCUUGUAUUGCUAAAAAAAGUCUUCAAACAUACAGUGUAGAAUGAUUUUCCCAUCAUGUACUGCAUGCAGCAGAAGCCUCUUGUUUCUUGAUAAAAUGAGCUGAAAGACAGUCAGCAGAUAUUUAAACAAUGAAUCUCUAAAUGUUGACUUGCUGUUCCAUAUGAAGCUGUGUGUUUUCUGCAGUUAAGCAUGCAUUUUGCUGUUUCCGUUGUAAAAUAUCAUUGCACUUGUUGCCUGCAAAAUGAGUUAGUGUGUAUAUAGUUAAAAGAAAAAUGAAACCAAUAACAAGAUUAAAUUGCGGGGAGGGGGUGGAGGAUGUUGGAAGUGGGACCAAGUAGGGGCAAUAGAUAAUUCUCUAAAUUGUAUAUAGUGUGUAAAUUAGUAUUACUAUAAGUCUGCAGUCACUUUGAGGUUGCAUACAGUACCUAUCUCCUGCUAGGAACUUUAAUCCAGCUUUGAGUUGUAUUAAACUGUUAGAAUUAGGUCUUGAAUGCAGACUGUUAAAGACUUCAGGAAACAUCAUGCUCACAAGAAGCUUCUGUUCUGGGGAGGCUCAAGACCCAUUUUGUAAUUGCAGGGAAGAAAGGAGUGCUUUCAUUUUAAUAUGCAUUCUGUUUGUAAGUAGUAACAGGCCCUAUCGAUGUAAAACUAUAACUGUGAUCAUGUGGAGAAAUCAAAUAAAUCAUUUAAAACUC